GCUCCGGUGAGCUCCAACUCGACUUUAUAAGAAUAUGUUAGAGCUCCAACUCAGCUCGAAAACUAUCAAAUUAAAACGAUGUCAUUCCUAGUCGGGCUCGUUUACUGUCCUAGAACUUACCAUUCCUAUUUCUUGUAGAAAUGGAAAUGGUGAUAGAAAAUGGGCGUUGGUAUCUAUGACGUCUAGCCUCUUUGCCACUCCUACUAUCGAACAAUGCGAUCACAAAUAAGCACUCCCCAUUACCGUAAUGCUACGCAAAGAAUGGGUUUCUUGCGCACUUGCUCUUAACUUUUGUUCCUUUUCGACUAGGCAGGCAAAAAGUUGUUUAAGUAGCAGGAAAAUAUAGUUAAAGGACGGUCCAGAACCAGAAAAUGGCUUUCCCAGCUCAUAAUCCACCAAGAAAAUAGAAGAGCCGAUCAAACAUUUCCAGAAACUUCAAACCUUACCUCGAAAAUGGGCCGCGAGGUCUCGCUGAGUUCCCUUCUAAUCCUAUCCGGGAAGCAAAAUCAGAACAGGGAAUCGGAGAUUGUUGGUCCGAUCAGCACUACCUCCACUGCGGUUUGCUCAUCAGCACCGCCUUUCGAAUUGCCCGAUGGUUGGGUAGUUGAGCAACGGCGCCGUCCGCGUAAUGGCCGUUUCGAUAAGUGUUACAUUGAGCCAGGAACUGGAAAGCGGUUCCGUUCCCUAGUAUCUGUUCAACGAUACCUUACAAGCGAUCAAUUGUCCCUUACGGAUGGGAAAGUAUAUACAACUAUGGCCAAGGAGGGAAAUCAUACUAUUUCACUGCUGCAGAUGCAAACUGUUCCUCACAACUACAAGAGCUGUUCUCAUUUCACUCUACCAGAUGGUUGGGUUGUUGAAGAAAAGCCACGUAGCAAUGGCAAUUAUGCUGGUGUCGUCGAUAGAUGUUACAUUGAGCCAGGGACUGGAAAGCGUUUUCGUUCCCUGACAUCUGUUGAGAGGUAUCUUACAGAAAAAAAGGCAUAUGAAGCACCAAAUGCAUUAAAUCCAGGAGAUCAGUUAUACCUUACGGAUGGGAAAGAAUAUACAGCAAUGCCUGAGGCAUUAGAACUGGGAGAUCAUACUCUUUCAAACCACCCCAAUCCCGAAAAGAAACAUGUUUCUGGCGAUGAGGUUGAUACUUCUAUUGUAGAUCUUGGCAAUCCACCUGCCAAAAUAAAGUGGGUUCUUAGUCCAGUGGGAAAUAUAUGGAGGUCUUUCAGUGAAGAUACUCUGGUACCAGAAGCUGUAAAGCAUAAAUGGUCCGAGACAUUUAUAAGGAGCCUCAAUGACAGAUACUAAACAUUUACUGAGUUGCAGAGACUGAGAAUAUUGCAGGAAGAUAUGGGUUAGGGCAGGUCAAGAACAGAGCUAAUUUCACAUGUAUAGUGCACAUGUUAAUUUUCAAUAGUCUAAUCUGUGUAACUGUGUUGUUUCCUUUGCUGAUGGUUGUUGUACUAGCUGCAGUUUAGUUCAAUUUCUGUUUUCCCUCUCCAACAUAUAUCCUUUUAACAAGAGAAAACUCGUAAGUUUUACAAGGUAUUUUCGGCAGAAAAAAAAACAAUCUCUAAUAAUGAUCAAAUAUCCCUAUUUUCAUGUUAUAAAAGAAUUUAUUUUUUUCAUAUUUUCAUGUAAUACAAAAUAUAGUUCUAUCUCUAAUAAUGAUCAAAUAUCCGUUGAAGGAAUUGCGAGUUGGUCCGAACUUUCCUUAGGCUCUACGUAAGGCACCUGCAAAAUCACAUCAUGACUGAAGAAAGAACCCGACUGCAAUAUUAUCCUCUGUUCUUCUUCUUCAUUAUCUGAUUCUUCUUCAACAGUAGUGUUCCAAGUCCACGGUGUCAAAAACGACUUGUCAGGAGUCAAGAAGGACAUGAAUUGCGAGCAAUCAACUGUUGCUUGGGGUUGUUGUAAGCCUAGUUCUUGCUCUAAAAGCUGCAGUUGAUAAUGAAUAUAAGCUUCAAAUGGCUCUUCCCAUAAUUGAACUGUUGCAUGGGGAUGUUGUAAGCCUAGCUCUUGCUCUAAAAGCUGCAGUUGAUAACGAAUAUAAGCUUUCAAUAGCUCUUCCCAUAAUACUUGUUGCGCCUCUUGCUGAGAUUGUUCUUCCCAUAAUUGUUGUUGCUCAGCCUGAGAUCGUUGACUCAUCUUCUUCUUUCUUCUAUAAAAAAAGUUAAUGCGAUUGUAUAAUGUGUUUCACCGAUGGAUAGGGUUAUAUAUAAGGUUUUGUGGGAUUUCCGAUUGGAAUUAGGAGAAGAUAAAUAAAUCAGAGUUUAGGACUGUCUCCUUUACUGAGUUGGAAUAGGAAAAAAAAUAAUAAAACAAUAUCAAAUUUGAAAUAAAAAUAACACAAGCCUUUUCCGGAUAGGAAUUGGAAAAAAAUAAUAAAACAAGAUCAAAUUUUAAUUAAAGAUAACAGAAGCCUUUUCCUGAAAAAAUAAAAAACAGAAAAAGAUGAAAAAUAAAAGAAAAAGAAUGGAAACGAACGCCAUAUAUAAUCAGUAAUAGCACUUUACAAGAGAAAACUCUUAUCAGUUUUCAAAAUUCAAAAAAAAAAAAAAAAAAAAAAAAAAAAAAAAAA